UGGCAUGGCGGCCUACCUCACCCACCAGCAGAAGGUGCUGCGGCUGUAUAAGAAAUCCCUGCGGCACCUGGAGUCCUGGUGUAUCCACCGGGACAAGUACCGCUACUUUGCCUGUCUGCUGAGAGAGCGAUUUGAUAAGAACAAGGAUGUGAAGGACAUGGUGAAAGCGACAGAGCUGCUGAAGGCAGGCGAGGAGGAGUUCUGGGCAAACCAGCAUCCUCAGCCGUACAUCUUCCCCGACUCCCCCGGGGGCACUUCCUAUGAGAGAUACGAGUGCUACAAGCUUCCUGAAUGGUGCUUGGAUUACUGGCAUCCCUCCGAGAAGGCCAUGUAUCCCGAUUACUUCGCCAAACGAGCGCAGUGGAAGAAGCUGCAGCGGGAAAGCUGGGAUAAAGAGGUUAAGCAGUUGGAAGAAGAAACUCCAGCUGAUGGUCCGCAGACCGAAGCUUUGCCUCCGGCUCGUAAGGAAGGGCACCUGCCACCCCUGUGGUGGCAUUACGUCACAAGGCCACGUGAAAUCCCCAUGUAAAGCGCUGCUUCGCGCUGGAAUUCAAGCGGCCUGUCCGCUGGACCCAGUAGGCGCGUCCAUGACUGCAUGCUACUCCUAGUCACACAAAAUAAAGCCAAGUAAAG